UUCAAUUUGUAGUCUACAAGAUGCCUCGCAAGUACUUCAUCGGUGGCAACUGGAAAUGCAACGGGACUCGCAGCUCUGUCCAUGCCCUUGUAGCCAUCCUCAAUAAGACUGUCGUGGAUCCUUCCCAAGUGGAUGUGAUCGUGGCACCUCCGUCGCUCCACCUGGACCAGGUCCAGCGCCUGCUUCAGCGCAACAUCGCUGUCUGCGCGCAGAAUGUGAGUCUCACUGGGCUCGGCGCCUUCACGGGGGAGAUCGCAGUCGAACAGCUAGUGGAUUACGGCAUUUCGUGGACCAUCACGGGCCACUCAGAGCGCCGCGCGUAUUACGGUGAGACGGACGAGGUUGUGGCCAAGAAGACGAAGCGUGCGCUUGAUCUCGGUCUCCAGGUCAUUUUUUGCAUCGGCGAGACGCUGGAACAACGCAAGGCUGGUCAGAUGUUGGAGGUGCUGACGAGGCAGACGAAGGCGUUGGCAGCUAUCAUCAGCGAAAAGGAGUGGGAGCGUCUGGUGGUUGCAUAUGAGCCUGUGUGGGCCAUUGGCACGGGCGUGGUCGCCACCCCUGCGCAGGCACAAGAAGCUCAUCAGAAGUUAAGGCAGUGGAUUGCCAGCAACGUGUCAACUGACUUGAUCAAGUUGAAAGAUGUCGAUGGCUUUUUGGUGGGUGGAGCGUCGCUCAAGCCCGAGUUCGACGCCAUCAUCAGGAGCGCGCUGUAG